AUGGCCAAAGUCGACGUUAUAGAUCCGUUCCAUGUCAACGCGGUCAACAAAGGGGAACUCAACAGCCCCCGGUAUCUUGAACAGACGCAGUCAACGCCGAGGCUGAAAGAGGCUGUGGUAGUCGUACAAGAGAGCAAUCAUGCUCCAGCCUGGGAUGAUGUUGCAGCAACCGUUGAGGAGCCAGCAAAGAGCGAGACACAUCCUGGGGACCGCCCUGCCAACAUCCUCCAUGAAGCAUAUCCCAAAUCAAAUCUGCAACUUCCUGAUCAUCACAUCGACGAUGCCAGAAGUCUGAAAGUCGUCAUCAUCGGCGCCGGGCUCUCUGGGAUUCUUGCGGGGAUCCUGCUGCCGGUUAAAGUGCCCAAGCUUGAACUUACAAUCCUCGACAAGAACGACGAUGUGGGAGGCACAUGGCUGGAGAAUAUAUAUCCGGGUGUCAGAUGUGAUAUACCCGCACACGUCUAUCAGUCGACUUUUACUCCAUAUACUCAGUGGUCGCAACAGUUUGCUGAAGGCCAUGAAAUUCUGGGGUACUGGCAAACUCAGGCGCGAAAGUACGACGUAUACAAGUACGUGAAGUUUGCCCGUCGUGUUCAGGAUGUUAGCUGGAGUGACGAAGAGGCGCAAUGGACCGUUGCCGGAGUGAAUCCCAAGACGGGGAAGGCGUUUGAAGAAAAGGCAGACUUUGUCUUGCCGGCGAUAGGUCGCUUCAACGACUGGAGGCUCCCCGCUUAUCCAGGAGUGUCAGACUAUGCAGGACAUCUUCGACAUACUUCCAAUUGGGAUCCGUCGUUUGACCCUACGGGGAAGAAGAUUGCCAUUAUCGGCAAUGGAGCCAGCGGCAUUCAGGUGCUCCCAAAUCUGCAGCCGAUCGCGAAACACAUUGACCACUACGCCCGGAGUAAGACCUGGAUCGCGGGUUCCUGGGCAGGCGACGAGCGCACCUUCGAGCCCCAGUGGUAUUCGCAAGAGCAGAAGAAGGAAUUCCUCGACCCCGAGAAAUAUUUGAAGUUCCGGAAGGAAUUGGAAGACAAGUACUGGCGACGGUUCGCGUCGACCUUUCGCGGCUCCGAAGAGAACCUCAAGAUGCGAGAGCGAUUCAUCGAGAUCAUGGCGCAGAGGCUGGUGAAGAAGCCGGAGCUGCUCGACCUCCUCGUCCCAGACUUCAACCCAAACUGUCGUCGCCUCACGCCGGGACCGGGAUACCUCGAAGCCUUGACCGCCGACAACGUCACGUUGAUCCAAGAUCCCAUCAAGCGCUUUACCACCACUGGGAUCGAGACCGCGGAUGGCCAACAUCGUGAGGUAGAUGCUAUACUCUGCGCCACGGGUGCCGCCGUUGACUUUAUCCCGCCCUUCAACGUGCGUGCUCGAGGAGUGAAUCUUCGAGAAGCCUGGAAGCCGCUCCCUCCGGGAGAAAAGGUCGACGACGCGAGACAUUUCGGCUGGCCGUACACGUACCUGGGCCUCGCCGUCCCGAACAUGCCCAACCUCCUGUUCAUCCACGGUCCUCACGGCGCCGGCCCGUCAGGGACCGUGCCGCACAGCGUCGAGGUCCAAGUGACGUAUUACGCCAAACUGCUCCGAAAGGUCUCGACGCAGGGUAUCAAGGCCAUGUGGCCAUCGAAACGAGCGGCGGACGACUUCGUCGCCUACGCGGACGCCUUCUUCCCCACCACGGUGCUGACAGACAACUGCAGCUCGUGGGCCAACGGCGGCAGGCCCGGCGGGCGCGUUCACGGCAUUUGGCCCGGGAGCGCAGGACAUGUCACCUUGGUGCGAAAGGAGCCGAGGUGGGAGGAUUGGGAGUAUGAAUACUUGCACCAGAGCGGCAACCGCCUCAUAGGCUGGCUUGGGAAUGGUUGGACUAAAAAGGAAAAGGACGGCAACGAGGACAUGACGGCCUACCUGGAGCUCGAGGGCACGGUGGAUCUAAGACUGCUGCAUGAGAAAUGGUGGGAGUAA